UCAGUUUCGAGCUGUCAGGCAAACGAACAGCAUCUCAAGCAACCGCAGAGUGUGAAAAAGAAUCUUACAGAUACCAGAAUCUGACUUGUGCAUUCUCGAGAUACAUCACAGAUAGUAGAUAAAAACCAGAAUAGCAAACAAGUGCUGACACUAAAUCUCCCCAAACACGGAUUACAAAACAGAUAUGGCUGUGUCGGCUAUCAACAUGACACCCUACUUUGCUGGAUAUCCCUUCCAAGGACAAGGACGCGUCAAUCAACUCGGCGGCGUCUUCAUCAACGGCCGGCCUCUGCCCAACCACAUUCGCCGCCAGAUCGUGGAAAUGGCCGCCGCUGGAGUCCGGCCCUGUGUGAUUUCCCGCCAGCUGCGCGUUUCCCACGGCUGCGUCUCCAAGAUCCUGAACCGCUUCCAGGAGACCGGCUCCAUUCGCCCCGGCGUCAUCGGCGGAUCCAAGCCCCGUGUGGCCACCCCCGACAUCGAGGCCAGAAUCGAGGAGCUGAAACAGGCCCAGCCAGGCAUCUUCAGCUGGGAGAUCCGCGCCAAGUUGAUCGAGGCCGGUGUGUGCGACAAACAGAGUGCUCCCUCCGUCAGCUCUAUUUCCCGGCUGCUGCGGGGCUCUGCUGGAGGAGCGGGCACUUCUCACAGCAUCGAUGGAAUCCUGGGCGGAGGAGGAGCUGGAUCUGCAGGAAGCGAGGAUGAGAGUGAGGACGACUCCGAGCCCAGCGUGCAGCUGAAGAGGAAGCAGCGCCGUUCGCGCACCACCUUCUCCAAUGACCAAAUCGAUGCCCUGGAGCGCAUCUUUGCCAGGACUCAGUACCCAGAUGUCUACACCCGGGAGGAGUUGGCGCAGAGCACAGGUCUGACCGAGGCUCGUGUCCAGGUGUGGUUCUCCAACCGCAGGGCCCGCCUGAGGAAGCAGCUCAACACCCAGCAGGUGCCCAGCUUCGCGGCCAGUGGAGUCAGCUCCUAUGGUGCCACUGCCCCAGCCAGCUACGGAUCCCAAUCCGCCUGGUCCGCCCCGUCUGCAGCCAACUACGAGUCGAUGCCACACUCCGGCUACGGCGGAUCGGUGGCCUCCAUGUCGCCGGCAAGCAGCUCCGGCAGCAGCUCCGCUGCCCACAGCCCCGUGCAGUCGCAAUCGCAGGUGCAGCCCACUCCCAGUGGCAACGAUUUCAUGAACUCCGCCUAUGGAUACCCCGCCGGAGGAUCAACCUACUCCAUGCCCUCCGCCGCCGCUGCCACAUCCGCUGAGCAGCUGCGCUCGCAGUUCGCCUCCGCCGCCGCCUCUGGCUCCCACCAUCCGUCCUCGUGGGACAGCUACAACUUUGCCGGCUCCUUCUUCCCGCCGACCGCUGCCGCUGCGACUGGAUCCAGCCACCUGAGCAGCUACCACCACCACCAGGUGGAGCAGAAGAGCUCCAUGAUGCCAGCAGCUCCCGCCUAUCCCUACUUUGGGUUCUAGGAUAUCACUAUUUUUGUAGUUCUUUAGUGUUAGAUCUUAAGCCACCAAGACUGUUUACCAUUCAAAUAUUAGUUUAAGUCUUAAUGUAAAACAAGCGCCAAUCAAACAAUAAAAUUUUAAAUUUGAUAAAGAAA